GUUGGGUUGCGCGCUAGUUCACAAAUUCCUCAGAAUCCAAGAUUUUCUCCAAAUCUACAAACUCCUCAAAAUCCAAGACAAUCUAUACAAUCUCCUCAAUAUCAUGAAUUUUCCAAUAUUCCACAAGAACAUUCUCGUUCUGAAAAACCAGUUUUACAUAUAUCUACUGGUCCUUCUUUAAAUUCAUUUUCACAUAAUCGAAAUCAAUUUGAUCAACAAAAUCUCUCUAGACCAGAAUCUUUAUGGGGUUCACAACCUUCACAACAAAAUAAUCAUCAUAAUUAUAUACCAUAUAAUAAUGAAAUUAGAUCUCAAAAUUCUUUCGAAAAUUAUAAUAAACAUAGUUCUUUACUACCUAACAAUAAUAGGUUAUCCCCUUCUGGUUAUAAUAAUUUACAAUCUAAUGAAAAUAGAAAUACUUGGCAUGUAGGUUCUACUUCUCCUAAUCCUGAACGUAGAUCUAUGUCAAAAUCUCCUUUACGUUUAUUAAUUGAUGAAAAAAAUGCAAGAAGACAAACUGCUACUUCAAAAACUCUUGCUUCUGAUGAAAGUGCUAUACAAAAAUAUCGUGAAGCUGCUAAAAAAACUAAUGAUCCUGCUAUUCAAAUUCAAUAUGCUAAAUUUCUUUUACAUAUGGUUGAACUUCGUAAUUCAAAUCUUUCUAAAAAUUUGGAUCAAGAAGAAGCUACUACUACUAAAUUAAUUCAAGAAGCUAUAUAUUGGAUUAAAUUACUUGCAAAAAGUGAUUAUCCUGAAGCUUUAUAUAUUAAGGGUACUUGGUAUGAAUAUGGUCUAUAUGGAAAAGAAAAGAAUGAUGAAAAAGCUUUCAAACUUUAUCAAACUUCUUCAAAAAAAGAAUUUCCAAAAGCUAAAUAUAAAGUUGCUUUUUAUCAUGAAAAGAAAGAAGAUUAUAAACGUGCUAUACAAUUUUAUAAAAAAGCUGCCGUACAGGGUGAAGUAGCUGCAUUAUAUAGACUUUCAUUAAUAUAUAUGUUAGGUGAAUUUAAACAAGGAGUAGAUUAUAGAAAAUCAUUAAUAUAUUUAAAACAAGCUGCUUCAAAAGCUGAUGAAGAUUGUCCUGAUGGUGCUUAUGUUUAUGGAAUGAUAUUAGCGAAAGAAUGGGAUAGAGCUGAUGUUCCUGAUGAACUUGUAGCUCCUGAUGAUCAUGAAGCAAAAGAAUUAAUAUUUAAAGCUGCAAAUUUAGGUCAUGUUCCAGCUUUAUUUAAAAUUGGUCAAUGUUAUGAAUAUGGUUCUUUAGGUUAUCAACCUGAUCCAAGUUUAUCCGUUGAAUAUUAUAAAAGAGCUGCUGAAAAAGGUCAUGUUGAAGCUGAUAUGGCUUUAAGUAAAUGGUAUCUUUGUGGUGCCGAAGAUUUAGAACAAAAUGAAGCUCUUGCUUAUGAACAUGCUGAAAAAGCUGCUUUAAAAGGUUUACCCACGGCUGAAUUUGCUAUGGGUUAUUUUCAUGAAAAUGGAAUUCAUGUUCCUAAAAAUCCUGGCGUUGCUAUGAUUUGGUAUACGAAGGCUGCAUCUCAUGGCAAUGAGGAUGCAAAGAAUAGGCUGGCAAUUAGAGAUGAUAAUACUGUAACUCGUAAAGAAAAUGAACCAAACCAAUUAAAAAAGGAAAAACGUCCUGAUAAAGACAAAGAUUGUAUUAUUCAAUAA